CCAAACCUUGCCCCCGCGCUUAGCACCCCCAGCUCGUCUACUGCGGGAUUCCGAGACACAAAGUUUUCCCCAGGGGCUGAGUUUGCAGGGGGUCAUCAGGAGGCAUCGUGCUUGCACUCAGAGCAGUGUCAAAGGGGACGGGGAGGAGCUAAGUGGGCAUGACUGACCUGGCGCCUUGCCUUUGUUGGAAGGGGGAGGAGCCCUGAUUUUUGAGCCCAGACAAGCUGUCAGGACGUCCCUUUAACGUUUUUGUUGGCAAAGGAGUUCCGGGCCGGGGCCGGGCGGGGCCGGGGUGGAGGAGGGCCCCUUGGUCCCUUGGUCCCUCCUCUCCGGGUGGUAUUAACUCCCUCUCUUCACUGGUAAAAUUCCCAGUAGGACAUUUGGCAAAAGGGCCGGGCAGGGAGCUGCCAAUGGGGCCUGGGCUUGUUUCCUGGGUUCCCAGGGUGCUAGCGUCUCCCCUACCCUACUUCCUCUCGCACCUUAGAGCCCCGAGUGAAAGCACCGUCCCUGCUAUCCCGUCUUCCUCAGGCGGGUUGGGACUCGCAGAGCAAUCUCGCAAGCAGAGGAGGAAAAUAACAACAGAAUAACUGUAAGGGGAAGGAAUGAGUAAUAAAGCCGACCCAGGCAGGGAGGAGGGCUUUCAUGUUUAAGAGAUGCUAUUUGCUUUUUAGGUCACGGGCUGCAAAAACAGGCUUUGAUCCGAAGUGGGCGAAUAAUUUAUUGAGAAAGUUUGUAUGGUAGGGGAAAAAAAGGGAUGUUUGUUUGAUCUGGAGCCCUCUCAGUUGUCCCGAGUGCUGUUGGCUGUUGUUUAGAGUGGAAAAGCAUUUGGUUCCACAGCAAAUGCCUCGCAGAGGGAAGUCCUCACCCCAGGCAGCAGGGCUUGCGCUGAGUGUUGGUUUUGCAACUGUUUUGCCAAGGGUCUCUCCAGCGCUUUUGGAGAUGAAGUGUUUAAGGAUAGAGUUGUUUGGGCUCAGGAUGCAGCAAAUGUUUCCAGAACAUUUCCCAUCCAACAUGCUUUUCCUUUCCCUAAAUUGCCUGGCUAAAUGGCCAGUAACACUGAUCCAAGAGGCUGUCAGAAAUCGUCACUUCGUUUUCAAUGACAGGUGAAGGAUUGCUAGUGCGCAGCCCCCACGUGCACCCCAGAGGCUUGAGGUUAGGCCUUUGAUGCUGACUUCCACAUCACAUCCUUGAGGUUGGGGGCAGGGUGUUCUGGUUAACUGGUGUUCCGAUUAACAGGGAGGUAUUUGUUUUAUACUUAGGACCCAGGUUAGAGGCUUCCAGUCCAGAGUCUUUACAGCUCAUCCAGCAGGCUCUCUGGGGGCCUCACAGUUUUCCCUUUACAUUCUCCAAGGGGAGGCCAGGUCCGGGUUGUGAGAAGGAGUACCCCUGGCUUGGCCUGUCCUCCACAUAGCCCGUUACCAUGUGGCUCAAAGCUUAGGAACCCAGGAAGGUUCCCAGACAACCCACAGGAAUCUGGAGUGCCCCAGCCCACUCUGGAGCUGUAGGCUUAUGCACUGUAGCCCAGCGGGGAGGGGUACUCCAUCUGGAGUCAUGCAGCCUACGUUUGAAUGCUGGCUAUGCGGUCACCAGCUGUGAUGACUGCCCUGUGCCUCAGUUUCUUCAUCUGCAAAUGGAGUUAAUAACAGUACCUACCUCGUGGUGGGUGUAUGCAUUAAGCAGUCUGUUGCAUAAAGAAGACUAAGCCCAAAGCCAGCCGUGUGGCCAGCACUGGGCUAGGCCCCAGCUCCCUUUGCUGAAGGAGGGAUCCGAAGGGCCCUGCGGUUGCCAAUGGGCAGCCAGCUCUGGGAGUGAGUGGACUGCGCUUUACCCGCUCUGAGGUGGAGAGUAGGGGGAAAAGUACUGAAGGACACAGUACACAGAGCCCCUCGCAUCCUCCAGGACCCCCUUGAUGGAAGAGAAGAGGCGAAAAUACUCCAUCAGCAGCGACAACUCUGACACCACUGACAGUCACGCUACGUCUGCAUCAAGAUGCUCCAAACUGCCCAGCAGCACCAAGUCGGGCUGGCCCCGACAGAACGAAAAGAAGCCCUCAGAGGUUUUCCGGACAGACUUGAUCACAGCUAUGAAGAUCCCAGACUCUUACCAGCUCAGCCCGGAUGACUACUACAUCCUGGCGGAUCCAUGGCGACAGGAAUGGGAGAAGGGCGUGCAGGUGCCCGCCGGAGCAGAGGCCAUUCCAGAGCCUGUGGUGAGGAUCCUCCCACAGUUGGAAGGCCCCCCUCCCCAGGUGUCCCCUAGCAGCUCCGAACUUGGCGAGGGCUCCCAGCCUGAUUGGCCAGGGGGCAGCCGCUAUGACCUGGACGAGAUUGACGCCUACUGGCUGGAACUCAUCAACUUGGAGCUCAAGGAGAUGGAGAGGCCAGAGCUGGACGAGCUGACGCUAGAGCGUGUGCUGGAGGAGCUGGAGACACUGUGCCACCAGAAUAUGGCACGCGCCAUCGAGACGCAGGAGGGGCUGGGCAUUGAGUAUGAUGAGGACGUUGUCUGUGACGUGUGCCGCUCUCCCGAGGGCGAAGAUGGCAACGAGAUGGUCUUUUGUGACAAAUGCAACGUCUGCGUGCACCAGGCUUGCUACGGGAUCCUCAAGGUGCCCACGGGCAGCUGGCUGUGCCGGACGUGUGCCCUGGGUGUCCAGCCAAAGUGCCUGCUCUGCCCCAAGCGAGGAGGAGCCCUGAAGCCCACCAGAAGUGGGACCAAGUGGGUGCACGUCAGCUGCGCUCUCUGGAUUCCUGAGGUCAGCAUCGGGUGCCCCGAGAAGAUGGAGCCCAUCACCAAGAUCUCGCAUAUCCCAGCCAACCGCUGGGCUCUGUCCUGCAGCCUCUGCAAGGAGUGCACGGGCACCUGCAUCCAGUGUUCCAUGCCUGCUUGCGUCACAGCGUUCCACGUCACAUGCGCCUUUGACCAUGGCCUAGAAAUGCGGACUAUAUUAGCCGACAACGACGAGGUCAAGUUCAAGUCAUUCUGCCAGGAGCACAGUGAUGGGGGCCCGCGGGGUGACCCCACGUCUGAGCCUGUGGAGCCCAGCCCUGCCGGCGAGGACCUGGAGAAGGUGACCCUACGCAAGCAGCGGCUGCAGCAGCUGGAGGAGGACUUCUACGAACUGGUGGAGCCAGCCGAGGUGGCUGAGCGCCUGGACCUGGCUGAGGCGCUGGUCGACUUCAUCUAUCAGUACUGGAAGCUGAAGAGGAAAGCCAAUGCCAACCAGCCACUGCUGACCCCCAAGACCGACGAGGUGGACAACCUGGCCCAGCAGGAGCAGGACGUGCUCUACCGCCGCCUGAAGCUCUUCACACACCUGCGGCAGGACUUGGAGAGGGUUAGAAAUCUGUGCUACAUGGUGACAAGGCGCGAAAGAACGAAACACGCCAUCUGCAAGCUCCAGGAGCAGAUAUUCCACCUGCAGAUGAAACUUAUUGAACAAGAUCUGUGUCGAGAGCGGUCUGGGAGGAGAGCAAAGGGCAAGAAGAGCGACUCGAAAAGGAAAGGGCGCGAGGGCCCAAAAGGCAGCCCUGAGAAGAAAGAAAAAGUGAAAGUGGGGCCGGACUCAGUCCUGGGGCAGCUGGGCCUGUCCACCUCCUUCCCCAUCGAUGGCACCUUCUUUAACAGCUGGCUGGCACAGUCCGUGCAGAUCACAGCAGAGAACAUGGCCAUGAGCGAGUGGUCGCUAAACAAUGGGCACCGUGAAGAUCCCGCUCCGGGGCUGCUGUCAGAGGAGCUGCUGCAAGACGAGGAGACACUGCUGAGCUUCAUGCGGGACCCCUCGCUGCGACCCAGCGACCCUGCCAGGAAGGCCCGCGGCCGCACCCGCCUGCCUGCCAAGAAGAAACCACCACAGGACGGGCCUGGUUCACGGACGACUCCAGACAAACCCCAGAAGAAACCCUGGGGACAGGAUGCAGGCAGCGGCAAAGGGGGUCAAGGGACACCUGCCAGGAAACCACCACGGCGAACACCUUCUCACCUGCCAUCCAGUCCUACAGCUGGGGACUGUCCUGUCCCAGCAGCCCCUGACAGCCCCCCACCGCUGGCCCCCGAGACCCCGGACGAGGCGGCCCCAAUGGCCGCCGACUUGAAUGUCCAAGUGCCUGGCCCUACAGCGAGCCCCAAGCCCUCAAGCCGGCUCCGGCUGCCCCGUGAGAGCAAGGGAACCCGGAGAUCACCAGGCGCCAGGCCUGAUGCUGGGACAGGACCGCCUUCAGCUGUGGCCGAGAGGCCAAAGGUCAGCCUACACUUUGACACUGAGACUGAUGGCUACUUCUCUGAUGGGGAGAUGAGCGACUCAGAUGUGGAGGCCGAGGACAGCGGGGUGCAGCGGGGUCCCCGGGAAGCAGGGACUGAGGAGGUGGUCCGCAUGGGGGUACUGGCUUCCUAAGUUACCCCUGCCCCUGUCCUGGGCCCUGCCCUGGUCCCCCCACGAGGCCUCAGCCUAGUCACAACUGCCAUUUCCAAUCUCUGCUGAGUGUCUCAGACCCUCGAGGCUGCCACUCUGUUGUGGUUUUAUUUUUAAUAUAGAGAGAGUUUCGAAUUCCACACUGUUGUCUUUCCUCUGUGCUGGCCUAGGACAUUAGGAUUCCUUCCACGGCUCUGGCCACGAGGACCAUACUAGGCCCUGUGCACCAUCCCUGCUGCGGCAGCAUCCCCGCCCUGGCCCACGUGGCACUGCUGGGCUCCUGGCUAGAUGUAGGCAAGGUGAGGAAGAGCUCAGGACUCCAGCCUGCUGCCACUGGGUGACACAGACUGUCGUUUGGGCAUUAUUUCAUGGCAGAUGGGCCAGCCCAGGGCCUGCCCCGCCUUGCCCCCAAAUCCCACUGGGGUCUAUUUGGGGGGUCCUGCUGCACUCCACUGAUCCCCAAGGAAGUAUAAUAAGUGAUACCCAGCCAGAGUCUACUCACUGUCACAAGCACAACGAGCUUAUACGAGAAAGCACUGAGGGGGCGCAGAGGGCCCGCCGGUUCCAGGGGAACCACAGCCGUUCCUGAUCAACCCACAUCAUCUGAGGCCUGCCCGCCCACCCCGCGACCCUCCACUCCCUUGCUGCUCCGCCCCUGCCAGUGCCCAGCCCAGCGGCUCUGGGAAGGGGUUCCCAGAAUCCUUCCUGAGCUGUGCCAUUUACUCAGGGGACUCCCAAACAGCCAGCCGCCAGUGCCGGCGGAGGGCUGCAAGGGAGGGCCAGUGGCCAGACAGGGGCGUGGGGCUCAGACUCGCACGCCGCAGAGAAUCGCUCUGGGGCUCCAACUUCCUUCCUUCCUUUGGGGCCAGUCUUGGCCGAAGUCUGGUCACUCCCAGCCAGCUGACCAGGCCAGACCGUUUGCCUUUUCAAGUUUCCCAGCCCUGCUACGAGAUGAGCUUCUUCCUUGUUUUCCUUUUGGAAACUCCUCCCUCCAAUGAGCAGUGGGAUCCUGGGGCCCAGGGCGGCCGGUGGUGGCCUGCCGGGGCUGUUUUAAGUCUUGCUGGAUGUUCCUGGUUCCUCUGUCCCUCUGAGCCUUAACCCUUUCCCAGCUGUGCCCGUCCUCCCCUCCGCCACGUCUCCCCUUCCCCGCUCCCCCCCCCCAGGUCCCAGGUAGUUGCUCUGAAGAGUUUCAGUGGAGUGGCCCCAGGGUGAUAGCUCAGGGAACAAAUGAAAAAGGAAUUCAGUGAAAACAUGUUUUUUUCUUUUAUGAAUUACUCCUGGGUCACUUCUGCCACUGGUAAAGCCAGAACUUCUCCAUCAAGAACCUUGCAAAAGUCCAGUGAAUCAAUCGAAUCAUUCUAUGGAUGCCAAAGAAUAUUUUGACCAUAAUACAGCACAGCCUGGACCUGACAACUUGUCACUUGGACUUUUUUUUUUAAUGGAGUUCUUUAGCAACAAAGUAUAGAAACAUGUUUAUUGCACACACCCAAGGAGAGGAGCCCAGGCUCUUGGAAGAGGAUGCUGUUCUGCUGCUGAACUGUUGGAACUGGGAACCCGGUGUUGGAUUUCAGAUCCUGGGCUGGGCCCCCUGUGAGCUCUCCUAAACUCAGACUCACAGUGGGGAAGAAUAUUGACAGCGAAACCAGCCUGGCAAAAGUCUUUACCCUGUGGUUCCCCACGCAGAUACACAAGUGCAAAUCAGCGGGGUGGGUAGCAGCUUGACCACCCACCCCCGACUCCAAAACUAUCAAGGUACGACAGUGGCAUUGUCAUCGACACUCAGUUUCAUGUGAAUUUUAGCAAAACAGGAAAGAAAGAUAUGAUUGAGUUCAGAGAAUCGGACAAAUCUGUCCAGUCGGAGUGGACUCAGAGAGGGCUUCAAGGAUUCUGGGCGUUGGGACAGCAUGAGCUGCCAUGUAGAGUUUAGUCUGCCUGCCCGCCUUGGUAGUAGUGGCCAGUGCAGUGUCAGCAUCAGCGUCCCAACCCCAUUCUCUGUUUACUGCCUUUGAACAGAACUUCCUCCUUCCCCGUGCUUUGGGUCACCUCGGGUCACAACCACGUCUGUGCUGGAUUGCCCAGUCUGACCUCGCAGGAAGCAAAGGGACAAGCUUAAAGAACAACCAAACUCUGCCGGUGGUAGAACUGGGGGUGCUAGGAAUGGCUCAGGUCCAGGAGACCCAGCACUUGUCCCUUAUCCCUUCACCCAUGCUGAGGCAGAGUCUGGCUUCCUAGAGGCAGGAGCAGGGAGGGAACCAGGGAGAGAGUGUCGUGGGUCUAGCCAGGGUCUGGACCAGAGGGGCCAGGUGGGGCCGCCAGCACUCUUCAGGGGGCCUCUGCUCAAGUUGGCCUCUGGAUUCCGACCCUCUUCUCAGUUGGCUCUUGCUUUGGACUGGACUUUCUCUGGAGCCCGUGUGCUGCACAGAGCCCAGGUGUCUGGCUGGCUGGUGGGGGCCGCUUCACUCCCUGGCCAAACCCUAGAGCUGUCCUACCAGGCAGCUGUGCACCUCUAGAAUGUCUGCCAGGCUGCAAGGAGGACAAGGAUGCCGGUCCCCACCGCUAUCCUUUCUGCCUUUAGCCACAGCACCUUCACUCUCUGUCCAGCCUACUGUCUACAGGGUAGACAGACAGCCUUGCCACCCCUGAGGGUAAAGCGGGAAGCAGGGAAGAAGGCAGAAGCCCUUUUCCAGGCCAGAGGCUGAGGCACACCUUUCUCUCGACCACAUCUGUCCACACUCACUGGCCCUCCUCAGGGAGGGAGAAGCUGCUCUGUAACUCAUUCUGGCUGUUGGCCCCAUUCUCCCCAUCCUGACUGCCCUCCACCUCCUUCCCCAUCAUCAAGUGAGAAAGGAUAAUGUGCAAGGAAAGUAUUUUUAUGGAUCGUAAAUGUAUUUUAAAACAAAUAAGGAAAAGAAAGGGAGAAGGGUUUAUUUUGUUAAAUGAGCUCUGACUUUGUGACAGUGUGUGAGCGUUUUCAGUGUAAGGAUCUUGGUUUCCUUGGAGAAGCCACCCCGGUUUCCAGAUAUGGGUGUGGGACUGUCGGGUGGGGGGUGUGCCAGGGCACGUCUCAUGUGUCUACGUGCAUGUAUGUCUGCGUGUGCAGGGUAUGGGCACGCUGUGGGACUUGCUGGGGCAAUUCCUGCGGAAUCAACUGCCCAAUUCUAACAGACACUAGCAGCAGCUGGACUUGGCAUUUCCUUGCUCACUGCCAGAUGUGGCCAACCUCUGCCCAUGCCUGCACCUCUGCAGAAUGGUCUGGAUGCCUGUAGCAAGGCCCAUGGGAAGGCCACUUCCCAUGCCCCUGGCCUACCUGGCCACAUUGGCCAAAGAGCCAGGGCUGGAGUCUGGGACCUUUGGUUGUUCUUUAAGGCACUUCCUGCCACCUUGUCCCUCAGAUGCACAGCACUCUGUGCUCCACAUCAGCUCGGGGUGAGGGGAUGAUAUGAAUGUCACAGGAGGAGACACCUUCUGUCUUUGUUUCAAAGAAAGUGAUGUGCCAUUUGUUAAUAUACAAGAGAAAUACUGAAAAUAUAUUGAAAAGAGCAAUUUUAAAUUAUUUUUGGCUUAUGUUGCAAUAUUUAUUUUCUUGUAUUAGAAAAGAUUCCUUUGUAGAGAAAAAAUGUAUUUUUCAUUAACGCAAAGACCUAUUUCUCCUUUUUGUACAUUGUCCAUGUUCGCUACCCUUAAUGAGCAAUAGAAUGUAUGGCCGCCAUGGGGUGGCCAGUGCCCGCCGUGCCCUGCAUGAUUCUGUGUUGCCCUGCUGCGUAGCUCCCACUCCCAUCCUGUCCUGCUCACUCAUGGGGGUUUCCAGACACUGGCCCCCGCCUGGGCCUGUGUCUCAAGGAGCCCUUUGCUCUCCUCGUGUGUUGGCAAACGCAGUUAAUAAAGCAAUGUUUUCUGUGC